GGCUGUGGCACACAGACAACCAUGUGGGCAGCACCCAACACCAAGCUCUGCCUUCCCAGCCUCAGGGGCACCAGGGCUACAGCACAGUGGGCCUCAGGUUGGUUCCUAGGAGGGGCUGGGUUUUCCAGGCUCAAGGCAUCAGCUUCGGUGGGGCAGCCCUAGGACCACCCUUCCCCAUGGACAUAGCCCGCAGCUCCUGCCCUGGGCCUGCAUUCUCACACUGCUCCUGGGAAGCUUCUGCCUUGGGAGGGUCCCCAGAGGAGCAGUCAGCCCUGGUUGUCUGUGACUCCUCAUGGGGUUACACACAGCCCAGGGGGAACCACAGACUUGUUCCAUCUGUCCAGAGGCUGGUUUCACUCAAAGCAGCUCCUGCUGAUGUGCGGGUGCCUUCCACGUGCACACCAGCCCGGGUUUCCUCAGAACUGGCUCCCGCUGAUGUGCGGGUGCCUUCCAUGUGUGCACCAGCCGGGGUUUGGGACAGCUGAGGGCCCAGACUGCUUCCUGUCCUUGUCUUGGGGUGUUACUGGAUCCCAGCUGGCAGGCUAUCUCUGACACCUGGUGCCCAACAGGGAGUUCUUGCAGUGGUCUGGAAUUGCCGGGGAGGUGGGAGUGUGCUCUGCCAUGGUCCUGUGAUGGCAGUGCUGCCAACUGAGGAACUGGGCAGCGUCCCCACCUCGCAGGCCCUUCCCUUGCCCCUUAAGUUUGUUCCUGGCCCUUUUCCCAUCCCUCUGGCCUUCAGCUGAGGAGAGUCUACAAGGGAUGUCCUCUGGCCCUGUGGCCCGGCAGUGCCUGAGCUCACCUGGAUGUGCUGUGUGGCCACCUGGGACUCCGGCCCUGUGGCCCAGCAGUGCCUGACCUCAUGUGGAUGGGCUGUGUGGCUGCCUGGGAAGGGAUGCCUUGUGGCCUGGCAGUGGCUGACCUCAUGUGGAUGGGCCAUGUGGCUGCCUGGGAAGGGAUGCCCUAUGGCCUGGCAGUGGCUGACCUCACGUGGAUGGGCUGUGUGGCCACCUGGGAAGGGAUGCCCUGUGGCCUGGCAGUGGCUGACCUCACGUGGAUGGGCUGUGUGGCUGCCUGGGAAGGGAUGCCCUGUGGCCUGGCAGUGGCUGACCUCAUGUGGAUGGGCCGUGUGGCCACCUGGGAUUCUGCCUUGCGGGGUUACUUCCUGAACAGGCUCCAUGGAGCCCCGUCUCUGAAUUUGUGGCCUUAAUCCCUGUGGCAUAUAGAGCUGGCUGCCUGGCUGUACUGUGGACUCACUUGGCCCUUCCUCCACUGUACCCAGCCUCCUCCUGCUCUAGUGGGCUCCCCCGGGACCCCCACCACCCCUCUGCUCCCUGACCUCCACCCUCCUGGGUCCAGCUUCACUGCUGUCUACAUAGAGGGCACCACUGUGACUUAAUGCCGCCACCCAGCAGGCAGGCCAUGCCACCUCCACCCCAGUAACCCCUCCUGUGGCCUAUGGCUUGUCAGGCUAACGGGCUCAAAACUGACCUGGUCUCUUCCCCACAAACCUGGUCCUCAUGUUGCUAAGUGGCUGCAUCCUCAUAGCUGCCCAGACCAGCCUCAGAGCCAUCCUGGACUCCUGCCUGAUGUCCACCUGGCCCUGCUGUCCCUUCACCAUACCUGACAUCCAGUCAGGGGUCAGACUCCACAGCCGAACUCUGCCACGUCGGCCAAGUCCACCCUGAUGUGGCAAGCCGUACCAGCACCCAGGAGAUGAUGCCCUCCACCCAAGGGAGCCUUCCCAGGAGUUGACCAGUGGCCUUCAGUGUGCCUGGAUGUGGCCUGCUGCUCUGCCCUCUCCAUGCACCUGCUCCAUGAUGUGAACUCAGGCAGCACCGCAGUGGGGCGUACGGCAGCUGGUACUUGCUGAGUAGAUGGAUGAGCCAGAUGUGGGCCGUCUGCCAGGUGUGCUAACAGCCUGACCCAUGGGCUGGGUCAUUGAGAAACAGAUUUCGCACAGUUCUGGACACUAGACCUGUGUUUUCACCCAGUUCAACCUGUGGCUGGAAUUGCCCCAAAAGUCGUGGCAGGAGGGUUCCCACAAGGGAGUGCCCCACACCAUCCUGAGGUGGGGCCGGUUAGGAUUCAACAGAAACACUGAGCACACCAGGGUGAUGUGCUCAGAGCAUUUAUCGAGAGCUUCCGUACAGAGCGGACUGCAGCAGUUCUUCCACGGGCAGUGAAAUGAAUGUUCUCUAGGUAUAUCCGCGGGGAGGGAGUUGGAGAAUGAAGUUUUUAUGAGGGUUUAAGAAAGCAGGCUCAGGCUGGGUCCAGUUUCUGUUUUGAGAAACAACCUAGAUGCUUUCAUCUGUGCCUGGCAACAUUCAAGGCUGCUGCGCGGGUUCAGUCUGCAGAGGAAAACAUCGCUGCCCAGGUCACAGAGCAGCCAAGGGACUCUUUCUCGGUCAGCGCUGGGAAUGAAGUGAAGGGGGAAGCAGGGGGACGCCACAAUGUCCAAAACCAGGGUGCCCAGCAUGCUGAGGUUCUAGUGAGGGGUCUCUUCCAGACUGCACACUUUCUUCCUACAGGGUCCAGCCCUAUAGGGUCCUUUGAGCCCCUCUCUACUGGCGCAGAGAUGAGAAACUGGAAAUAAAAGACACAAGAUGCUGAGAUAGAAAAAAGUCUGGGCCCAGGGGUCUACUGCUAACCAGUAUACAUGGAGACCAGCAGUGGCCCCGAGUGGCUGGACACUCUGACUUUUAUUGAGUACAAAGCAGAGGGCCGGGUAGGUAGGGUGAGGCAGUGGCGGUCAGUGAUAGGGUCAGGUAAAUCACGUGUCUUGGAGAUCGGGGCCCAGGUCCUUAAAGUGGAGGAGGCGAGGAGAAAACCUAAUGCAUCAGCACUUCUUCAUACUUGUCGAGAAAGAACAAAGACAUUAAAAUUUAUGUUACUUUUACUCAUUCUAAUCCAAGAAGAGGAACCAGGUGCAGAAGCGGAACAUGAAGGUAGCCAUGGAACGUCACCGCUGAGGCACAGCACAGCAUAGAGACGGUUAAGCCCCUGAAUGUCUGCAGGCCUCCCUGACAGCCACCAGGCCUACCGCAAGAGCUUGCGGGGAGCAGAGUUUUCUCCUAAGUCCUCCAAGGGAGGAGACAUGUCAGACGUCUCCUUCCCUAGCUGGCUAAACAGCGGGCGCUUUCCCAGCGCUAAUGCUGGCGCUGCCGCACAGCCGAGGUGCCUUCCAGCAGCCCUUAAGCAGGUGUGACAGAGGGCUUAGAGCACCUUGCUCUAGGGUCACCUCUUUCACAAUGUUACUUCAGUUCCAUGCUUCAUGGCCCGAGAAUCAUCAGCAAAAUUAAAAGGUUAUAUUGAGUAUAUAUAUAUAUGAUUACAUAUGCAUAUGUGAUUAUGAUUAUAGGAAUAACUGUGACUAUAUCGCUAAUUCUUUUCUAGUUCAAUAUUUAUAUGGGAACAGGCUGAGGCUUCAGAGCCUUCCUUGCCUUGGCCCUUGCGGGGUCUCCCAUCCACACCUUCCCGCCGCCUUCACGCAGUGGAAAGCUGCACAAGCCCUUGGAGUCCCUUUAAGAAGGCUCUGCCCUCUUGACCUAGUCACCUCUGAAACACCAGCGCCUUGGGGUGAGGAUUUCACAUGUGCACAUUCAGUUACCGCAGCGGGGACAGGACCAGCUCUGAGGGCGCCUGGGCAGCUGCUUUUUCAUCCACAAGUUCACUGGGUAAUUCUCAGAAACUGCACAAAUCAUUAAGGGCAUUCCCUUGUUAGGCGCCCCAUACGGAAUCGCGGCCGGCGGUGACCAACCAGUUGAUGGUGUUAGCUAGGCCUGUCUUAGGAGUUUUCUUUCUUUCUUUUUUUUUUUUUUUUUUUUUAAACGAGACAGGGAUCUCAUGGGCUCAAGUGAUCCUCCCGUAGUCCCGUUGGGACUAAGCGCGCUCCUGUCCUGCCCAUUUUAACCUUUUUUUUUUUCCAAUUAUUGGAGACAGAGUCUCCUUCUGUCGCCCAGGCUGGAGUGCACUGGCGCGAUCUCGGCUCACUGCAACCUCCACCUCCCGGGUUCAAGCAAUUCUCCUGCCUCAGCCUCCUGAGUAGCUGGGAUUACAGGUGUGGACCACCACGCCCAGAUAAUUUUUGUGUUUUUAGUAGAGACGGGAUUUAACGAUGUUAGCCAAACUGGUCUGGAACUCCCGACCUCAAGCGAUCCGCCCCCCUCGGCCUCUCAAAGUGCUGGGAUUACAGGCUUGAGCCACCGCGCCCGGCCCAUUUCAAUCCUUUUUAAACGUCCAGUUCAAAGUCGUUCCCCCGCCGGGCAGGGCCGGUGCAGCAGUGCGCAGGCGCGCGAGGGCGGUGCAUUCCGCCGGGGCCCAGAGCGCUGAGCCGGGACAGUGCGCUGCGCAGGCGCACGGGACGAAGCUGAGCGGGCUCAAGAGUGACGUCACGGCGCGCAACGCGGAGGCGGGGUCGGCCCAGGGUCCGACGGUAGAGGGUAGCGGGUCCGGGGUCUCAGGUCGCCGGCCGCAGGCCACGGUCGCCCCAGCACCAUGUUCGGCUCCAGUCGCGGAGGCGUGCGCGGCGGUCAGGAUCAGUUCAACUGGGAGGACGUGAAGACUGACAAGCAGCGGGAGAACUACCUGGGCAACUCGCUGAUGGCGCCCGUAGGCCGCUGGCAGAAGGGCCGCGACCUCACCUGGUACGCCAAGGGCCGGGCGCCGUGCGCGGGCCCGAGCCGCGAGGAGGAGCUGGCAGCCGUGCGGGAGGCGGAGCGCGAGGCGCUGCUGGCCGCGCUUGGCUACAAGAACGUGAAGAAGCAGCCCACGGGCCUGAGCAAGGAGGACUUUGCGGAGGUCUGCAAGCGGGAAGGAGGCGACCCCGAGGAGAAGGGCGUGGACCGGCUGCUGGGGCUGGGGAGCACCAGUGGCUCCGCAGGCCGCGUGGCGCUGUCGCGAGAGGACAAGGAGGCCGCCAAACUGGGGCUGUCUGUGUUCACGCACCACCGCGUGGAGAGCGGCGGGCCCGGGACUUCAGCAGCCUCGGCCAGGAGGAAGCCACGGGCGGAGGUUCAGACUGAAAGCAGCUCUGAAAGCCACAGGAAAAGCAAGAAGGAGAAGAAGAAAAAGAAAAAGAAGAAACACAAAAAAGAGAAAAAGAAAGACAGAGACAGGCGACCAGCUGAGGCCGCCACCUCUCCCACAUCUCCCGAGAAGCCCAGGCACUGCCACCAUGACUGUGACUCCGACUUCCCCUGCUGCAAGAGGAGGAAGCGGGGACACAGUGGGGACAGGAGCCCAUCUUGCAGGCGGCAUGACAGACUCUGAAGUCUGAUGGUUGGACCCUGCUCACUGCUACUGUGGGAACUGGAACUCUCCCUUCACCUUGCUUGCCUCCUGCCUCAGGAAAGCCCCUUGUGUGGGUGAGACCUGAGGCUGCUCCUGUGGAGUGGCUCUGGGCACCAGCCUGUGGGGUAAAGGCUGCACAGCUAGCUCUGGAGCAGCCAGCUUCCUGGAAGACCUCCAGGUUUCGCACAGCAGGGAUGGCCCCUGGCUUGCCCUGCGAAGGUGAGCCUGCCCACAGGUACCCGUAGAGGCUGGACUCCCCGUGUCCUGCUCAUGGCUGUAGCAGCCAUGGGCCUAUGAGCAAUCUACCUGUGGCCAAAUACGGUGAUCUCUAUUUUUCCUUACGUUGACUCUAUAUUUCAAUAAAUAUAUUUUAAAAGAAA